CUGAGACAUAACUAACACGAAAUCUCUAUUGCAUCUCGAAAAUCCCAGUUAGUUCUGAAAGCUUUGAUAGUGAAGGAUAUCACUUUCCAGUUGGGGAUGCUUGGAACUGCCCGAUCUCGACUCCACCGCCCGUCAAUUGAAAUCCACUCAGGUUUCAACUGAAGCCCCGCCAGUCCCGGGCAUCCUCUGAUUCGUUCUGUUCUUUUGCUCAGAGCCAGGAAAUUUGAUUGCCCGCAUUCGCACAACGACCCUCCCCUCCCCCUCCUUGUCUUCUUUUCUAUCACCGUGUCUUGCGUGAGUCACCCGGUGGUCAAGAUACUUAUCCGUCAGUUAGCGGCGCGAGUGGCGCCUCGGAGAUCACCUCCUCUCCCUCAAUCUUUACGACCGUUUUCCAGGAUGGCUCAACCUUCCGCUUCCCAGAACUCGACUGGUGAGCCUAAAGCUCCCGUUAUCGACGUCCCUCCCCAGGCCGACGAUGAAUUGAGAAACCAGAAUGCCGCCGCUGCCUCCAAGCCUGUCGAAGGAGACUCGUCUGCACCUCCCAAGGUGAAGACCGAGAAGGAAUUGGAACGCGAACGCCGUAAGGCCGAAAAAGCUAAGAAGUUCGCAGAGAAACAGGCUAAAGCCGCGGCUAAGCCUGCUGCGCCAAAGGCUGAGAAGAAAGCCAAGGUUGAGAAGGAGAAGACAACAGACGCGUACGAUCCUAAAGUGAUUGAGGAAGGCCGCUAUGAAUGGUGGGAGGAGCGUGGCCUGUUCCUGCCUGAAUUUGGCCCUGACGGCAAGGUCAAGCCGGAAGGCUACUUUGUCAUCCCGAUCCCUCCUCCUAACGUUACAGGCGCUCUUCAUAUGGGUCACGCCCUGACCAACGCGCUCCAGGACACCAUGAUUCGCUGGCAGCGAAUGAAGGGCAAGACUACCUUGUGGCUUCCGGGUAUGGAUCAUGCAGGUAUCUCCACUCAGAGCGUGGUCGAGAAAAUGCUUUGGAAGCUAGAGAAGAAGACUCGCCAUGACCUGGGCCGCGAGGCAAUGAUCGAGCGCGUCUGGGCUUGGAAGGAUCAAUACCACGCCAACAUCAAGAAUGCGCUGCGAAGAGUUGGCGGCUCUUUCGACUGGACUCGUGAGGCGUUCACGAUGGAUCCCAACCUGUCGGCAGCUGUCACCGAGACAUUUGUUCGGCUUCACGAGGAAGGCAUUAUUUACCGUGCUAACCGUCUGGUCAACUGGUGUGUGGCCAUGAACACCUCUCUCUCUAAUCUUGAGGUCGAGAACAAGGAGGUCGAAGGUCGUACCCUUCUCGACGUUCCUGGUUACGAAAAGAAGGUUGAGUUCGGUGUGCUGACCCACUUCUGCUACGAGAUUGAUGGUACGGACGAACGAAUUCAGAUUGCGACCACUCGUCCCGAGACCAUGAUCGGUGAUAGCGGUAUCGCUGUUCACCCGGAUGACAAGCGCUAUCAACACUUGAUCGGUAAAUUCGCCCGCCACCCCUUCGUGGAUCGCUUGAUGCCUAUCGUCGCCGACACAGACGUCGACCCUGAAUUUGGUACUGGAGCUGUCAAGAUUACUCCCGCUCACGACUUCAAUGACUUCAACCGCGGCAAGGCACACAACCUUGAAUUCAUCUCCGUUCUGAAUGAUGACGGUACCUUUAACAGCAAGGGUGGACCUUUUGCUGGAAUGAAACGUUUCGAUGCCCGCUACAAGGUUAUUGAGAUGUUGAAAGAGAAAGGUCUUUAUGUCAAGUGGGAGCACAACCCCAUGAAAAUCCCUCGGUGCGCCAAAUCCAAUGAUGUCAUUGAGCCUAUUCUCAAGCCUCAGUGGUGGAUGAGGAUGAAGGACCUUGCAGAGCCUGCCAUCAAGGCUGUCGAAAGCGGUGAAAUUAUUAUCAGACCGGAGUCCGCCGAAAAGAGCUAUUUCCGCUGGUUGAACAACAUCAACGAUUGGUGUCUGUCUAGACAGCUCUGGUGGGGUCAUCAGGCUCCCGCCUAUUUCGUCAAGGUCGAAGGCGAAGAAGGCGAUGACAGUGACGAGAAUCUCUGGGUUACAGGUCGCACAGAAGAAGCGGCUCGGGAGAAGGCGGCGGCUAAAUUCCCCGGUAAGAGCUUCACCUUGGUCAGAGAUCCCGAUGUUCUUGACACUUGGUUUUCCUCUGGAUUAUGGCCGUUCUCCACCCUGGGCUGGCCUCGCCAGACACAUGACUUCGAGCAUUUGUACCCAACGUCCGUUCUGGAAACCGGGUGGGACAUUCUCUUCUUCUGGGUGGCUCGAAUGAUCAUGCUGGGUCUCAAAAUGACCGGCAAGGUUCCCUUCAAGGAGGUGUACUGCCACUCGUUGAUCAGAGAUUCUGAGGGUCGCAAGAUGUCCAAAUCUCUGGGUAACGUAAUCGAUCCCCUUGACGUUAUGGAGGGUAUCAAGUUGGAUGACCUUCAUGCCAAACUGCUCACCGGCAAUCUUGCGGAGAAGGAGGUGGCCACUGCAACCAAGUACCAGAAGAAGGCUUUCCCCAAGGGUAUCCCCGAAUGUGGUGCCGAUGCUUUGCGUUUCGCUCUUGUAUCCUAUACUACUGGUGGUGGCGAUAUUGCCUUCGACAUCCAGGUCAUUCAUGGCUACCGCCGAUUCUGUAACAAGAUUUAUCAGGCGACGAAAUUUGUGCUUGGCAAGCUGGGCGAUGAUUUCAAGCCUCGGCCGGCCCCUACAAAGACUGGCAAGGAAUCCCUUGCAGAACGCUGGAUCUUGCAUAAGUUCAACGCUGCCGCUAAAGAGAUGAACGAGGCUCUCGAGCAGCGUGAGUUCUCUGCUUCGGCAUCCAUUGCUUACCAAUACUGGUACGGUCAGCUUUGUGAUGUCUUUAUUGAAAACUCCAAGUUCCUGCUUGCGCCUGAAGUUCCGGCUGAAAUUCAGCAGUCAGCCAAGGAGACGCUUUACACCGCUCUUGAGGGUGCAUUGACCUUGAUUCACCCAAUGAUGCCCUUCGUCACCGAACAUCUGUGGCAGCGCCUUCCUCGUCGUCCUGAGGACAGCACAAUUUCCAUCAUGAAGGCGAAGUACCCCGAUUAUAGACCCGAAUUCGAAGACCCCGAGGCUGAGACCGCUUACGAGUUGAUUCUGAACGCCUCAAAGUCUAUCCGCUCGAUCCUUGCCCAAUAUGAGAUUAAGACAAAGGGUGACAUUAUCAUCCAGACCUACGAUGCCACCAGCUACAAGACCGUCUCAGACGAGCUCACAAGCAUUAAGUCCCUGGGUGGAAAAACCUUAGGCGAGCUCAGCGUGCUCGGCCCGGAGAACACCAACCCCCCUUCAGGCUGUGUAGUCGCUCCCGUGAGCUCAGAAGCUGCUGUCUAUCUCCGUGUCUCGAAGGAAGUCGCCUUGGAACAGGAAGAAAAGGCUAAGGCUAGUCUCGAAAAGGCGCGUGAGACAGUGCGUCGCCAGCAGAAGCUCAUCAGCGGUGCUGGAUGGAAGGAGAAGGUUAAGCCUGAAGUCCGCGAUGCUGAAGAGAAGAAAAUGCGUGAUGCUGAGAGCGAAAUGGCUCGCCUAGAGGAACAGAUCCGUGAGUUUGAGAAGCUGCGGCUAGAGUAGACCUCGCAGUCCGAAUUCAUGACAUAGUGGUGUAUUGAAUCAAUGUCGUCUUUUGUGCG